CAGACAGCCGAUGAAAAUGAAACUUCGUUUGAAGUUAGGUCGGGAGACGAAAGUUCGAGAAUUAGAUGAAACAUGUUUGGUUUCAAGCAUAUAUGUCGUAGUUUGUGAAAUAUUUCCACAACUAAAAUGUGAUUUUACGCUAAGUCUUAAUAAGAAAGAUACUUUGGAAGUGGACAAAACUCUGGUUAGCCACGGAAUUGUGUCUGGUGAUCUCGUCUAUGUAGUAACUUCAGGGGAUGUAGAUAAUGUGGCACCUGUUUGUAAACCUCAACUUUUGUCUAAGGAAUGGUCAGAUUCAGUGCAGCAGACAUCAAGAGUAGGUAGUCAAGGUAAUGUAACUCAGACUGUGCGCACUGGAGCAGCAUCUGCUUCUCAUUCCUCUCAUGCAAAGACUGAAUCCAGACAUGUCAGUGCUGCACAGCUGUCUCAUGAAUGCUCAAAUUCUGAUAAAGUGGACACUCCUACAAGUCUUGACCAGUAUUCAGCAUCCAACGCAUCAGAGAUGACUUCUAAUGGUCAGGUGAUUUCAGAAAUGGACACAGAGGAACAAAUAACAGAUUCCACAGUUGAAAAAAUAGAUCUGACUUUGGUCAAUAGAUAUUUGAAUGAACCCAUGUUGUGUCGAGAGAGUUAUGGACAUAUUGUGCCAGCUGUGCUAAGUGAUAUGUAUCAGAAUGCUGGGAUCACAUGCUCUGCUGAGGCUAUGUGUACCGUCCUACAUGUCCUUAUGCUGGAGACUGGCUACACUACUGUAGAUGAGAAGUUCUAUGCUGCCACAAGUUCAACAAAUGAUCAACCGGCCUCUCAGACAAAUCCAGAUAACAGUACUUUACCUACAAGUUGUGAUGCUGAUAGUCCCUUAAUUGAGAGAGGUAUGCCAGGUGGAUGGCGAGACAAGCCAGGCCAGUACUGCCUAUACUACAAGCAUGUACAGCCCAGCUGUACAGAGCAGAGUUUUGUUUUAACCUGUUUUCCUAUGGGAUCAGUGCUGGUGGUACAUGGACAUCUGCAAGGAAAUGAAGACAACUGGUCAUGUUGUUUAAACCUCAACACAAAGGAAUUCAUCAAAAAAACAUCACCUCAAGGAGCUGGUGAUUGCUACCAAAACCUGGGGAAAUUAUCUCGUGUGUUCAAGGAUGCUAUAGCAUUGCCCAUGCUCCAACACUACAGAACAGGACAAAGAUUACCUCCAUUUUAUGGGAUAUUUGCUGUCAGUCAUGAAGUGAAGCUGAAGAUCUUAGGAAUGUUGGAUGUUGUGGGUUUGCUUAAUAUGUCAGAGACUUGUAAGGAGUUCAGUCAAUUGUGCAAGGACAGAUACCUCUGGAGACAUGUUUACCUAAAGGACUUUGGCAAUCGAAAUAACAACACUUUGGCACAAGAUUGGUGCAGGCUGUACAAACAAGAGUAUCGACUAAGGAAGGAACGCAGACGAAUAUGGAAGAGGAAUCCAGUGCCGAUGUUCGGUCCUCCGGUGCUUCCUUCCUUUGGAUUACCUCCCCCUGGACCUUUCCACCCUGGCAUUCUUAACGGGGAUCAUGACCUUGAUCCAGUUUUUGGCCAUUAUGAUCGAAGGCUGAUGCCUCACUCCUUGAUAGAACAGCGAAGCCAGCCAAGCAGUGCCCUAUUCCAGCCAAGGUUUGACCCUGUUGGGCCUUUGCCUGGUCACAAUCUCCAACCAGGAAGAGGCAAUGGCCUUCGAGACAGAAGAGGACCAUUUGGCGGAGGGUUAGGUGGACGGCGGAUGUUCUAGUGAACAAGUGGUUGAAAACUUUGUGUUGGAAGACUUUGCUAUGAUAUGGUGUACCUGUUACAGUACAGCAAUAUGGUCACAUGAUCAAAGUCAUGACCAGUAACUGACUCAACACCAGUCUGAUGAAGUCAGAGGACUCUGCUGAAAUAUCUAUUGGUCGUAAUUCAAAUUCUUUUGCAAGAUAUUUCAAUUGUAUUCAGAAUGUGAAAUGAACAUUUCUGGUUUUACCAAAAGCAAUAUUUCAAUGUGAACAUGUCACCAACAUUGUGAAUGUCUUAUCUUCAGAUAGACAAGAUUAGAUAUUUCACUUUAAACUUGUUGUCUCAAUAUUGCGUGAGUGGAAAUUCUGUUUGAGUCGAAAUAACAAAGUCCCAACUAUUCUCCUUCUUCAUUAAUUCGGAUGACACAAAUUUCAUUGAGAAGAAAUUUUGGGAUUUAUCAGUCCUUUACUUGUAAAGCAACAUAAAAGUCAUUCAUUGUCUCGAAAUGAUUAUUGUCAAAACAUCAGCAUGUCUUCUGAAGAAAUCACAACACCUACAUGAAUACCUCUUGCAUGUCACCUGUGUGUAACACAUGGCUAAUUAUCUGGUAUCGGUUAAGGUACACACAACACUUGGUCUCUGACAAUUAAUUACCAGAUUAAUUAUUCAAGUGUUGGCUUCUUAAUUAGUGUCACUAUCCUUGGCAAUGACUUACCUUUAUGUUAAGCAAGUAGCAUGUUUACACAAGACAUGAAUACAGUUAGCUUUGUAGCAUGCAUCUUUAGUAAUGAUAAAAACAAAAUCGUUUAACCAUUAGACUUUUCGACAAAAUACAGUCCCCACAAUUCCAAGACAAAAUAACAGAUUAUGUCCGAUUUGUAGAAGAAAUCUAUUUGUUUCUGUUUAUUUACUGCUAUUUCAAAUAACAGAUUAAAUUACAGGGUGAUAAACUGUUUGUACCAUGGAGUAUUUUGCAUUCGUAGUCAACAUCAAUUUUUUUGUCAAAAUUUUUUCCACAGUCUCGUUAAUUGUCAGAUAACAAGUUUCAGCUGUAUUAUGAAUGAAAGAAGUCAUUCAUCAAUGUAUUAAUGAGACAGAUAUUUAUUUCUAUAAUUUAUUUUGAAGUACAUAGAUAAAACGAUGUAAUUAAACAUUAACAAUUGAUAGAUAAUAAAUACUGUUUUGUGAUACAGGUAUCAGUUAACAAUAAAGUUAUCUACAUGUAAUGAAGA